AUGGAAAUCACGCGUGGUGGAUUGAUCCUAAUGAAAGGGAGGAAGUGUGGUGAUUUGUAUUGUUGGGAUGGUAGUACCAUGAGGAUCUCGAUGGGUUGUUGCCGGAAACAGGAAGCAGUGACAAGUUUUCAAGGUAGAGACAAUUGUGAGGGGAUAAAGCCUGUUGGUGGAGACGAGGGUGAAUCGGGACCCUCCUCUGAAGCUAAGUAG